GCCCAGCCCAAUACUAAAUAAGACAGAACACAUUUUACCGUAUAACCUCUCCUCCUUAGGGUUCUGUCUCUCCGAUCACUUCUCCGACUGCAGAAAUGACCAACUUCAGGAAGCUUGGCCGGCAUGCGGGUCACCGUAUCUCCAUGCUCAGGACUCUGGUAUCUCAAUUGGUCAAGCACGAGCGUAUAGAGACCACCGUCACCAAGGCUAAAGAGGUGCGUCGUCUUGCUGAUAACAUGAUUCAACUCGGUAAAGAGGGCUCGCUUGAUUCAGCAAGGCGAGCAGCUGGUUUUGUAAGGGGAGAUGAUGUCCUUCACAAGAUUUUUACUGAAUUGGCAUACCGAUACAAAGAUAGAGAUGGUGGAUACACAAGAUUGUUACGUACUCGCAUUCGAGUUGGUGAUGCUGCUCCUAUGGCGUAUAUCGAGUUUAUUGACAGAGAGAACGAGCUUAGGCAAUCGAAUCCAGCAACACCUCAACCACCACAACGAGUACCCUUGGACCCAUGGGAUAAAUCACGCCUCAUGAAGCAAGUUGCUCCACCUAAGGAGGAGAAAAUCUCCAUCAUCCAUUAGUUGCCAUAAUAUGUUUUAACGGAAGUAAUAAAGUUACUUUGUUGUUGGUUCUGAACAUUAAAAGUGAGUCUUGAAAGCAAUAACAGGUCUUCUGAGGCUUUUUUUUUAGCUUAUCUUAAAUGUUAGUAAAACUUUAUCUUUU